GUGGUAGCAGAGCUACGCCACAACGACGCCCGCGAGCUGGCCAACCUAGCGGGAACGGCGUUUCAGACAUGGGAGAUACAGGAAGAAGACAAGGGCGUCACCCAGAACAUGGUCGACUCAGGCGCAAAGUACGACGCCGUCUCAAAGAGCCUCAAGGAUGGCCAGGUGCACGGCGAGAAGAUCGACUACCGCGCAAGAGGACCACCGCACGCGCAGCUGUGGGCUGCGAUGUCCCUCCACCUCGUCAACUGCAUGGACGCGUUAGACGAUGGCAGCGACGGGUGCAAAGAAAGCGAGAAAAAGGUGUUCUAUCAGUACUUCCAGCAGCACAUCAAUGCGAAGAUCCCGCAGCAGGUGGCCAAGCAUGCGUUGCACUUCAGGCAUCGCAAGUACAAGCACGCGAGCAAGAAGGCUCGGGAGGGGGACCGGCAAGACGCCGAAGGGCGCCUGACGUUCGCGUUCUCGCACGACGAGCCAGGUCGCGAAGCGAGGUCGUUGAUGAUUCAGGUCCUUAACAACGCGGAGGUCUCCAAGGCGGCGCACCUCAUGGGGCCUGCCCCUCGUGGGCCACCAGAGAGGGAGGCAGCGCGCCACCUCGCCCUGAUCGACAAGGGCAAGAGCGAUUGA